GAUCACAUGUGAGGCUGUUGCAUUGGAGAGCCUAGCUCCUAUUUAAAUAGGCAGUCCUGGAGUAAAUGUGAAAAUUGUCCCAUUCCUCAUCAUCCUCCAUCUUCCUCAUUCUCCUUGAUCCUUGGUCUCCCCUGAUACAGAAAUGGCGAAAAAUCUGCUUCAUGCUUUAGCAAUGGUGCGCGUAAUUUGCUAUUUUUUCUCGAAUGUUAAUGCCUUUACUGCUUCUGGGUGGACUAAAGCUCACGCUACGUUUUAUGGAGGCAGUGAUGCCUCUGGGACAAUGGGAGGGGCUUGUGGAUAUGGAAACUUGUACUCUACUGGAUAUGGAACAAGAACGGCAGCUUUGAGCACAGCAUUGUUCAAUGAUGGGGCUUCAUGUGGGCAAUGCUACAAGAUCAUAUGUGAUUACCAAUCCGAUUCACAGUGGUGCAAGAAAGGAGCUUCUGUGACCAUCACUGCAACAAACUUUUGCCCUCCAAACUAUGCUCUUCCAAGCAACAAUGGAGGGUGGUGCAACCCACCCCUGCAGCAUUUCGAUAUGGCUCAGCCAGCAUGGGAAAAGAUCGGUAUUUACAGAGGCGGGAUCGUCCCAGUGCUGUUCCAAAGGGUUCCAUGUAAGAAGCAUGGUGGUGUUAGAUUCAGUGUUAAUGGAAGAGACUACUUCGAAUUAGUAUUGAUAAGCAAUGUAGCUGGGGCUGGAUCUAUUCAAUCAGUAUCAAUCAAAGGCUCCCGGACCAGUUGGAUGGCCAUGUCCAGGAACUGGGGAGCUAACUGGCAGUCUAAUGCCUAUCUCAAUGGCCAGUCUCUGUCCUUCAAGGUCACCACCACUGAUGGAGUGACCCAAGAAUUCGACAAUGUUGUGCCUUCAGAUUGGGGGUUUGGUCAGACCUUCUCUAGCUCAGUACAGUUUUAAGCCAAGAAAGCUGCUUUGGGGUUCAGGGUUUCGGGUUUUCAUUGGCAGAGGCGUGCUUACUAUUUUAAUGAAGCAGCCCGCCCUAAAUUAUGAGAAGGAAUUCUCAAAUGGUUGGCAAUGGAGAUGGGGGCUAACCCAUGAACUCAAGGCUACUAUCAACUCCUUGUGCCCAUUUCUUCCACAGGGCCUGAAAACCAAAUUAUGGUGUCAUUGUGUGUUGAAAAUUUUCGGGAUCUUACUGAAAAUCAUGCACAUCAGAAAUAAGAAGCACAUGCAGUUAAAUUGCAGCUUCAAAUAUAUGAAUAGUUCUUUUUUUCUUCAUUUUACAUAUGCUUGUAAUAUCAAUCUUUAUCAGCAAGGUUUGACCAUUCCCAACUAAUAAAGAUCCCAGUAAAUCAUUUUUUUUUGCU